GCUUAUCACUCAUUUGUCAGUUUGCGAACAUGGCGGCUGUGCUGCUGUCAUCUAAAAAUUUUGAUAAAAUAUUAAAAAAUCAUUUAAAAUUCACGAAAUCUUUCUUGAGCAAUAAAUCUGUGAUUUUAAAUAAACCGCAAUACGUCUUGCCAUGCAAACAAUGCGCGGCUGCAAGUCAGUUUAAGUAUUACUCUUCAGCACCUCCGAACAAUGCGGGAUCCACAGAUACGGCUAAAAAUGUUUUGGCGGCAGUUUUGGCCAAUAAACCCAAGGCUGGGAAAAUACCAGCAGCAGGUAUCCAAAAACGGGACUGCUUUCACCCAGGUGCCUCUGUUUUGUCCCGUGAAGAUAUCAACUUGGCGGACGCAAAGCCGGUCACGGGAACUGACAUGGUCAGGGGCAUGUUGGAGUAUGUGUGGCCCAAGGACAACGAGAUGAUAAGGAACCGGGUCAUGCUGUCUCUGUCGCUCCUGUUUGGGGCCAAGAUAGUGAAUGUCACUGUCCCAUUCAUAUUCAAGUACGCGGUGGACGAAGUGAACGGCGCAGUGAUGACGUCAGGUGGUGAAGCGUUGUUGGGGAUGGAUACGGUACCACAGGCGUUGGGAACUGCCGCUUUUAGCCUGUUAUUAGGAUAUGGCAUUGCCCGCGCGACAGCGGCCGGGUUCAAUGAACUAAGAAACGCGGUGUUCGCCAAAGUGGCCCAACAUUCAAUAAGGAAGCUCGCUUGCAAUGUGUUCACACAUUUACACAACCUGGAUCUGAGUUUCCAUUUGGGGAGGCAGACUGGAGCUCUGUCUAAGACAAUAGACCGCGGGUCGCGAGCCAUAAACUUCGUCUUAUCAGCGAUGGUGUUCAACAUAGUGCCCACUAUAUUUGAGCUGACUUUAGUCUCCAGUAUAUUGGGGGUAAAGGGAGGAUUGGCGUUUGCGGGUCUAGCAUUCAGCUGCGUAGGAGUUUACGCGGCGUUCACGCUGGCUGUAACACAAUGGCGGACGAAAUUCAGAGUGUACAUGAACCGCGCUGAGAACGAGGCGGGUAAUAAGGCGGUCGAUUCUCUCAUCAAUUACGAGACUGUUAAGUAUUUCAACAACGAGAAAUACGAAUUGGAAAAAUACGACAUGAGCCUGAAGAUAUAUGAGGAGGCGUCUCUGAAGACCGCCUCCAGCUUGGCCCUGUUGAACUUCGGCCAGCACGCGAUAUUCAGCGCCGGCUUGAGUGCCAUCAUGAUAAUGGCCGCCAACGAGAUUGUUAAAGGCCGCAUGUCGGUGGGCGACCUGGUGAUGGUGAACGGGCUGCUGUUCCAGCUGUCGGUGCCGCUGGGCUUCCUGGGCUCCGUGUACCGCGAGGUGCGCCAGGCGCUCGUCGACAUGCAGACCAUGUUCACGCUCAUGACUGUGCGGUCGCGGGUUCAGGAGAAAGAGAAAGCGCCACCGCUAAUAGUGGACGCCAAAACUGCGAACAUUGAAUUCAAAGAUGUCAGCUUCAAAUACAUUAACGGGAAGCCGAUUUUUAACAACCUUUCUCUCACUAUACCGGCCGGGAAGAAGAUUGGAAUAGUCGGUGGAUCAGGCAGCGGAAAGUCAACUUUAGUCCGUCUGUUAUUCAGAUUCUUCGAGCCACAGUCAGGUCAAAUAUUCAUUAACGGUCAGAAUAUAAAAGAUUUGGAUCUAGUCAGUUUGAGGAAGGCUAUAGCUAUAGUCCCACAGGAUUGCGUCUUGUUCCACGACACGAUAUACCACAAUCUGCAUUACGGCGAUCUCACCAAGAGUAUGGACCAAGUGUACGAAGCUAGUAAAAUGGCGGAGUUACACGACUCCGUGCAGACUUGGCCUAAGGGUUACGAGACCCAAGUUGGCGAAAGGGGUCUGAAACUGUCCGGCGGCGAGAAACAACGUGUCGCGAUUGCGCGCGCCAUUUUGAAAGAUUCCCCGAUCAUUGUGUUCGAUGAGGCGACGUCGAGCCUCGAUUCUCUUACUGAACAUGCGAUUCUCCAAGCGCUGAAAGCGGCCACAGUGGGCCGCACCUCAAUAUGUAUCGCCCAUCGGCUCUCCACAGUCGCCGAUGCUGACGAAAUAUUCGUAUUGGAACACGGAAGCAUCACCGAGAGGGGGAAACAUUCGGAUCUUAUAAACAAUCCGAAAUCAUUGUAUUAUAGACUCUGGGAGAAACAGAAUAGGGACGCGAGUCUCAAGUGAAUGUUACGACUCAAUUUGUGUGAAAGUGACAGUUUGACAAGUAAAUAAAUAUGGCCGACUCGAAUAUAAUGUUUGACAUAACGGAUCUGUCAAUGAGGGCGCUAGUUCUGCGAUUUAUAAAAUACAAGCGGCUAGCCACGGGCGGUAGCAUUAUUUAUUGAUGUCUAUACAAACUAAUCACUGCCCAUUUUAGUAUUUUAAGAAGUUGAUGUUUGAAAAAAAUCCUAUGUUGGAAUGCGGGUUUGUAAACUAUAUGUUUACAAAAUAUCAUUCGAAUUCGUCUCUCAAAUAAAAUUUUUAAUUCUCAAUAUGGCGUGGUAUGUUAUAUUUUUGGUCAAACUGUAAUUAUGUUAUAAAUAAUAAUGUCGCGAAAUCUGUUUACAACAUGUAAAAGAUUAUAAAUGUUCCUUCUAUUCUUCCUUCCUUAAAAGCCUAUGUAAGUCCACUUUUGGACUAAGGCCUCCCCAGAAAUGGGGGAUUAUACCCACAGUCACCACGGGGCUGGCGGGUUGGUUACCGCAGCCCUUGAUCGCCUCUUACGAUACCCACGGAAAGAUAUUGAGUGGUGCUAUACUACUAUGCCGGAACCACACAGCCUAUACAAAUUACAUUGCAAAUAUUAUGUUAAAAUAUUUUUAAAAGUAAAACCAAUGUAUAUUUAUGAGAAAUUGUCUUAUUUGUAUAAUGUUUUUGUGUUUGUACAAUAUUAUUUCGUAUUAAUUUUCGAAUAACGUCAAAAGACGAAUUUACACAUUUUCUUUUUGUUCGCAGUAAUUUUAUCAAAGUCGGUUAUAUUCCGAUCUUAACCAAAAUAAUAGUCAUAAGGUCUGUGAUUCUUAUUGAUUUCAUGGAAUAUUUUAAGUACCUAAUCAAAAAAUUGUUUCAAUGUAUGCCAAAUUUAUAAUUAUUACAUUACAAGUAUAAAGCUGUGACAAAAGUUAAAUAAUUUUAGAUUAUAAUGUAAACGAUGUUAAAUGUUAUAGAUAAAUUAAAUAUCCUACCUCGUAAAUGAAGAAACUCAUAUUCUUGAUUUCUGGUGAAAACCUACUAAUAUUAUAGAUGCGAAAAUUUGUAAAGAUGUGUGGAUGUGUUUGUUACUUAUUUACGCAACUACUACAAAACGGAUUUUCAUGAAACUUUUUUCAUUUUGAUUCAUAUAAUCACGGUUAUAUCCCCUGCAGGGGCAGACAGAGCCAGCAGUCUUGUAUGGCCGAUAAGCCACGUUCAGCUGUUAGGCUUAAUUAUAUUGAAAUAGUGUAUAGGUUGCUAGCCUAUCCCAUCGUCGUCAUUAGUCGCCUUUUACGACAUCCGUGGCAGUAAUGUAGCUUAGACAUUGGAAUGAGUAAACGUAAAAAUUUAUAGAGAUUUAAGGCGGGGCAAAGUCGUGGGCAACAGUUAUAUGAAAUGAAUCAACAAAAUUUACAUUAUUGUAUGUGAAACCUACCGUCUAAAGAGCAGUUGACUACAGAACACUUGACUAAAGAACAGUUGACUAAAGAACAGUUGACUAAAGAACAGUUGACUAUAGAACAGUUGACUAAAGAACAGUUGACUAAAGAACAGUUGACUAAAGAACAGUUGACUAAAGAACAGUUGACUAAAGAACAGUUGACUAAAGAACAGUUGACUAAAGAACAGUUGA